GUUCACCACACCUCCCUCAUCUCUCGGUCUUCUUCCUCUCGUUCUCGUCCUCGCCUCUUCUUCACAUCUCCUUUUCUCUGUUUCUUUCUUUUCGUUUCCUCCUGCUCUCUCUGGCUUCUUCCCUGAUCCACCGAAGGCUCCCGCACGAACUGCAAUUGGGACAGUGAAUUGCCUGCCCCGUGUCUUUAAAUCUCUGGAUUUUUAACGGAGGUUGGGACCUCGCGCGCCAUCUGUUCGACGCAAUCCCCCUGUGGAAUCAUCACUACUACCAAUUGGAGUCGUGCAAGGAGGUGACAGUGCUUUCUCAUGGCAUGUGCUUCAAAUUCUAUUGUCAUUGGCCUUCCUAACUAUGGGCUGAAUGCGGGGACAAGGGUACUCUCACCGAGCUACAGGAACUUCCCAAGGAAAUCCUCUUACAGGCUUCUCAAGGUCCGUGCGCUGCAGGGAAAUGAUGGUCGUAGAAGGCUAGUUGACAUAAUCAGAAUCAUCCCUGAGCUGUCAAGAAACUAUUUCAGAAGCGGGUCUAGGAGGGCUCUUUUUGGCGGCAUUGCACUGCUGGGUGGCUUUUAUGUUGCGCAGACAAUAUCUCUGUCAUUCGGUGCUUUGGCUGUGAAUGACGUUAUAGCGGCAGUUGUGUGCGUCCUCCUGACCGAGUAUGUGACGAAGUUCUACUACAGCCGGCCUAAGGUCACCUUCCCUGUUGCACUCCUCAACAAUUUCAAGAUGGGCUUCACAUAUGGCCUCUUCAUUGAUGCCUUCAAGCUUGCUAGCUGAGCUGCACUAUUUCCUAGUGGUGCUUCAUAUGCUCAAGAGCUUCGCAGGCUCACAGCGAAGAUGGUGGAGAAAUAGCACACGUAUGUGAUGUUAUUGCAGGCAAUAGGCAUAUGAACUUUCUGCAUUGGUCUUGUUCUCCUAUGUGAAGAUGCAUGUUAGCCACAGUUUCUGCAUCGGUCUUCGCAGGCUCAAGCUAACCGGAGCUGGCUUUGAUAUUUGCUCGUUUUGCUGGCAGGUUACCUGGGUCAAAGUACCGGGCUGUUAAUGUGCUGUUUUGACCUAGACGUAGCUUUGUUCUUUUCCAAAGAUGUAUGUUAGCCACAGUUUGUAAGUUGACAAUUGAGUUACUGAGUUGCUGUGUUCCAUCUGGAACAUCUAUGUGUGUUAGUGUGUAGCAGAUUGCUUUGGGAGAAACUUGAGGUGCAAGUUAAUAAUUCUGUGUUACCAAAGUGGAGGGAAGUGUGAUACUUGGAGCCACCAAUGUCUGCUGCCCUAAAGAUUUAAGGAAACGUUCUUUCUCAAAA